ACUAGGCCUAUGAAUUCCGUCCUAGGCAAUUGCCGGUCCAUAUUUAGUUCUAAUCUUCGCAUUCGCAUGUGAUGGAAACGGAAGAACUUUAUAACAUUAAUAUUUUUCCAUUGGUAACUAGUCCGUUUGCGAUACAAUGGUCACCUGAUAAUCAGAUUUCGAUAAUUACAGAGAAGGGGGUUCACGUACUCGAGCUGAUACCAUCGCCUAUGUCACCAAAUCCAACAUUAAAAUUUGCCCGUUCUUUUAUAUAUUCUUCUGACACCUUGCCAGCGUGUGAAUUUAUAGACGAGAUGAGCUCUUUGAUAUGGAAUCUAGGACGCGAAGAGAUUUAUCCACUUCUCAUGGAUGAUGUCAUUACACCGAAAUUGGAUGGAAUAACAGAAAAGUUUCCCAGGAUAAUAAAGACGGCAUGGUCGCCAAAAAAUUUGAUCUCUCCUAAUCAAUGCGUGUUAGCAAUCUUAAACUCAGCAGGUGCAGUUGAAUUAUUGCAUAAAGUUUCUAACAAUUGGUACUCUAUAUGGGAUGUUUCGUCCUUCCGGUUGAAGUUUGUGCAAGAGGAAAUCAAAGCUAGUCUAAAUAAGAAUAAUCUUUAUAAAAAAACGAAUGACCAGUAUGCAAGAAUAGCUGAAAGCAUGAAGAAAUUACAGGCUUGUUCGAUAACAUGGAGUGAACUUUUCAAAAUAGGGGAUACAUCUUUUGCAUAUUUUUCUGUAGCCUACUCUAGCAAUGAAAUAUUAAUUUGGAAGGUUCCCAGAAUAUCAAAUUUUACAGAAAGCUUGCAACCUACAUUUGUAGGGGUAAUAGAUUUAAUUAUCACGUCGAGAGUUAAUGUAUUAUAUUGGAUCACUGUUGAUGUAAAUAAACAUCUAAUUGUUGUUGGAUGUUCCGAUGGUAAAAUAUGUGGUGUAAAGUUAAUAGAUAAAGAUAAUAAUCUGCAAAUAGCAUUGGUAGAAAAGUAUACCAAUCCUGAUCGUAUAGCUGUUAAUUAUUUGUACAUAAUUCCCCAAGAUAAAACGGAUAUAAAGAUUCUUGCUGUCAAAGGUUCCUUUCUCUUGUUACUAUGUGUAAAUUUGGCAGGAGAAUUGAAAAGUAAGCGACAGUUGUGUGUACAAGGAUAUACCAUUACAGGUGUAAUUCCUAUUGUUACACAGCAAUUUUUGAUCACUACACAGGACAGUCAUAUUUUCAUUAUUGAUAUACAGUCGAAUGAUUUAAUUAAUAUCAAUAUUAAAAGUCAUUUGCCAAAGACAUGCGUUCAAUAUUUAGGACUCGCUCAUUCGCCGAAUAAAGUAAUAUUUGUAAAUAUAAUUAGCCCAAAUGCAGUAUAUGAUCAUUUGGUAAUGAGGGAACCAACUAUAAUGCAUAUAUUUACUUUGAGAGGUGCAACUUGCUAUGAUCCAUUAACCAUUAUUAAUAACAGCGCGAAUCUCGGAAGCGUCUGGGAUUGUAUGGAAAUCCUCAGAUUAAAAGCUGUCAAGGCACAAGAUCCAUGUAUGGUACUUUGUCCAAUUCCGAAAAAUCUUGAAUCAUUGUCGCUCUACAAACUACAAAUAUCAAUGUGGAUGACAGUAAUGACGAAUGUGUGCACGACAAAGAAGCCAAUGUCGAAUAUGGACCACAUAAAAGAGUGUAAUAUGAAAGCGCUUCCAUUAAUCUUUUUACAUUCCGCUUGUAUGUAUCUUGAAAAUUCGACAAAGAAGUACAUGCUAUCAGAGGAUGAGAUAUUUGCUACGUUUCUAUUAAGACAGUAUUUAGAAAUAUACCAAGGGAAUAGGAAAUACAUGCUGACAGACGAGGAUACAAACAACGAAGACAUAAAUCGACGUGUUUCGAAAAUAUUGAACAUGAUUACGUUUUAUCCAAAUCAAAUUGAGAAGUGUAAUUUGUGUGGCGAAGUGAUAAAUGAUACAUGGCAUGCCAGAUCAUGUCCGCGGGGUCACAAGUUAUCUCGAUGUUGCACAACAUUAUUGCAAAUAACAUUGCUGGACUAUCGUGUCUGUCCAAUGUGUGGCCAAAUUUUUCAUCCAUGCUUGGAAGACAUGUACGAAGAACCUCAGUGUCAGUUUUGUGAUGUACCUAUUUUAUGCAACUCAUAUAAUUAUGACCCAAAGGAUUUGAAGCUGUACGGACGAAAUUUGUCUUUACCCCGAGUUGCAAAUAUCACAGAAUCUUCAAAAGAUCUGGAAUCAGAAGAUUUAUUCGAUAAGCAAAGAUCAAAUAAAUGGGAUACUUCACACACAUAUUCUGUAAUUGUAAACGAUGAUGUUGAUGAAUCUGUUAAAAUUACAGAAAAAUGGGCGGAAUUUUAAUUGGACAUUAAUUACUCCCUUCAAUUACACAUGUGAAUCUGAAGUAUCUGUAACAAAAUAACGAAAGAAACCUCAGAGCUAUUAUAAAUGAUCACUAUUGUAUUGUUAAGUGUUGACCACAUAUAGUUUUGCGCGGACAUGUAAGGACACUUGUAAACAGAUGAAAAAAAGUUAAAUUAAAUGGUAGUUAAAAAUUUAUUAUUAGGAGUAUUAAGGAGGUAUUAUACUCGUUUUUGCCAAAUUUUGAAAUAGGAAAUGUAUCGAUAUUAACAUUUUUUAUAUAAAAAAUGUGUAUUAACAUGACAUAUACAACAUGUAUGAAUAACACUUAUUUAUUAGCUGUUUA